AUGCUGAAGAUGGAGCCUCUGAACAGCACGCACCCCAGCACCGCAGCCCCCAGCAGCCACCUGGUGUCCCACGUGCCCGGCAGUGAGAGCGGCAACGGCAAUGAAUACUUCUACGUUCUGGUGGUCAUGUCCUUCUACGGCAUUUUCUUGAUCGGAAUCAUGCUGGGCUAUAUGAAAUCUAAGAGGCGGGAGAAGAAGUCGAGCCUCCUGCUGCUGUACAAAGAUGAAGAGAGGCUCUGGGGGGAGGCCAUGAAGCCGCUGCCCAUGGUGUCGGGCCUGAGGUCGGUGCAGGUGCCCAUGAUGCUGAACAUGCUGCAGGAGAGUGUGGCGCCUGCCCUGUCCUGUACCCUCUGCUCCAUGGAAGGAGACAGCGUGAGCUCCGAGUCCUCCUCCCCAGACGUGCACCUCACUAUCCAGGAGGAGGGGACAGAUGAUGAGCUGGGGGAGACUUCAGAGAUGCUCCUCAACGAAAGCAGCGAAGGGUCCUCAGAGAACAUCCAUCAGAAUUCCUAG